ACAAAUUGCCACUAAUUUCAAGCAUUGACUAAACAAACAACACGUGCUCUUAAUGGUGACACCCGUGUGGGCCCUCCUCUACACCAUUGAAUACACCAUUGAAUAUACCAUUUGAUGACAAUAUGAAUCCAACUGUCUCUUCAAGACGAAGAUAUGCCGACAUCACUGAACAUGAGAUUAAUAAUACGGAAACCACUGAUUAUCCGCACAAUUAUGUUAAUUAUGACGACAACUGGCAUUUCACACACUUUACCAAAAAUUUUAGUAUAAAAAUCAUUGAUAUUAAAGACAAUGAGAUAGAGUUUGACAUAAUUGGUGUCAACUGUUCUCUGGCUAAUGCAUUGAGAAGAAUAUUAUUAGCAGAAGUGCCGACAAUGGCCAUCGAGAAAGUGUUUAUCAAUAACAACACCAGUAUAUUUCAAGACGAAUUUUUGGCCCAUCGAUUAGGUCUAAUACCAAUCAAAGCUGAUCCACGAUUCUUUGAAUACCGACAAGAAGGUGAUAUUGACGGCACACCACAGGACACAAUUGUCUUCAAUCUUAAUGUUAAAUGUGUCAGAAAUAAGAACUCUGUUCAGGAAACUACACUUCCUGAAGAACUUUAUGAUCACCGUAUGGUUUAUACAAAAGAUCUCGUUUGGGAACCGAUAGGCAAUCAUUCAGAUAUAUUUAGUGAUAACCCUAUUAGACCUGUAGAUGAAGACAUACUUAUAGCAAAGUUAGCUGUUGGUCAAGAAUUAGAUAUUAAGUUACACUGUGUUAAAGGUAUUGGCAAAGAUCACGCAAAGUUUUCUCCUGUGGCCACUGCAUCCUAUCGGUUGUUACCACAAAUUGAACUCUUGAGUGAAAUAGAAGACGAAGACGCGGAACUGUUGAAGAAAUGUUUUUCCAGUGGUGUCAUUGAAAUUGAAAAACAAAGCGGUAAACGAGUGGCUAAUGUUGUUAACUCAAGAGUAGAUUCUGGUAGUCGUAAUGUUUUUAGAUAUCCACAGCUCAAAGAUAGAGUAAAGAUGUCUCUAAUCAAAGAUCACUUUAUUUUUAAUGUUGAGUCAACCGGUGCUCUUCAGGCACAUCAACUCGUUUCUGAAUCUUUUGAGAUAAUGAUAGGAAAGUGCAGACAUUUUUUGGGUGAACUCGAAGGAUAUUAUAAGAAAUGUAACAAAAGUUAAGUCUAAUAUUAUAACCAUUUAGUAAUUAUGUAAAUUAUAUACUAUUU